CUUGGGUUUUUGAUUGAAUGUGUCGUGUCUAUAUCCAUUUCUUCUUCUCUCUUCACCUCACAGGUCACUUGUUGUAUCUUCUUUUCUAUCAACGCCACUUAAAUUUAUAAAAACCCCUUUCGUUGUUUUUUUGUUUUUUUUUUUUUCUUUAAAUCAGUCUCUCUCUCACUCUUUCUCUAUCUGUCUGUUUAUUUUUCUCGCUUUCAUUCCCGAGUCGCCUCAUAACUUCUAUCGAGUUGACUCGGUUUCUUGCUCCUUUGCUUUUUUUUUUUUCCCACUCUUCUUCUUCUCUUCUUUCUAUUUGGGCUCCUAUCUUAGCCAUGAAUGGUGGCAUGGAUCGGUCUCGUGCUUUUGUCAAAGACGUUAAGCGUCUCGUUAUCAAGGUUGGGACUGCUGUUGUGACAAGAGGUGAUGGAAGAUUGGCCCUUGGAAGAUUAGGAGCCUUCUGUGAGCAGGUUAAAGAGUUGAACUCUCAAGGAUAUGAAGUUAUUGUGGUUUCAUCAGGAGCUGUUGGCCUCGGUAGACAGAGGCUUAGAUACCGCAAAUUAGUCAAUAGCAGCUUUGCUGAUCUCCAAAAGCCACAAGUUGAAAUUGAUGGAAAGGCAUCUGCAGCUGUUGGGCAAAGCAGUCUCAUGGCUCUUUAUGAUACAAUGUUUAGUCAGCUGGAUGUGACAUCAGCACAGCUUCUUGUGACUGAUAAUGAUUUUAGGGAUAAAGAUUUCAGAAAGCAACUUAAUGAGACUGUGGAGUCACUGUUAUCUUUGAGGGUUAUUCCUAUAUUUAACGAAAAUGAUGCAGUCAGUACUAGAAAAGCUCCAUAUGAGGAUGCUUCCGGUAUUUUUUGGGAUAAUGACAGUUUAUCAGCUCUGCUCGCUUUGGAGCUAAAAGCUGAUCUUCUUGUCUUGUUAAGUGAUGUAGACGGUCUUUAUAGUGGCCCUCCAAGCGAUCCACGCUCAAAGCUGAUUCAUACAUACAUUAAGGAAAUACAUCAUGGUGAAAUUACUUUCGGUGACAAGUCUAGAGUCGGAAGAGGGGGUAUGACAGCUAAAGUAAAAGCUGCUGUAAAUGCAGCUUAUGCCGGCAUCCCUGUUAUAAUAACAAGUGGGUUUGCUCGGGAAAAUAUACUUAAAGUCCUUCAAGGAGAGCGUGUUGGCACCCUCUUUCAUCAAGAUGCACAUAUAUGGGUCCCAAUUAAAGAAGUUUGCGGGCGUGAGAUGGCAGUCGCUGCAAGGGAAAGUUCUAGAAGGCUUCAGGCCUUGUCUUCACAAGAGAGGAAAAGAAUUUUGCUGGACAUAGCUGAUGCAUUAGAAGCAAAUGAAGAACAAAUCAAAAUUGAAAAUGAAGCUGAUGUCGCUGCUGCACAACUGGCUGGAUUAGAAAAGUCCUUGAUAUCCCGGUUGGCUCUAAAGUCUGGAAAGAUCAAAAGUCUUGCAAACUCGAUUCGUGUGCUUGCGAACAUGGAAGAUCCUAUUGGUUGUGUUUUGAAACGAACUGAGCUUGCAGAUGGACUCCUCUUAGAGAAGACAUCAUCUCCUUUAGGUGUUCUUCUGAUUAUUUUUGAGUCUCGACCAGAUGCUCUGGUGCAGAUAGCUUCCUUGGCAAUUCGAAGUGGCAAUGGGCUUCUCUUAAAAGGAGGGAAGGAGGCCAAGCGUUCGAAUGAAAUUUUGCACAAGAUUAUCACUGCAGCAAUUCCAGAAACAAUUGGUGGAAAACUUAUUGGACUAGUGACUUCAAGAGAUGAAAUUCCUGAUCUGCUUAAGCUUGAUGAUGUGAUUGAUCUUGUUAUUCCAAGAGGCAGCAAUAAACUUGUUUCUCAAAUUAAGGCAUCAACUAAAAUUCCUGUACUGGGUCAUGCUGAUGGUAUUUGUCAUGUGUAUGUUGAUAAGUCUGCUAAUAUGGAAAUGGCAAAGCGCAUUGUCUUGGAUGCCAAAAUAGAUUACCCAGCAGCAUGCAAUGCUAUGGAAACACUCCUUGUGCACAAGGAUCUUGUGCAGACUGGUGGGCUUAAUGAGCUUACAGUUGAUCUUCGCACUGAAGGUGUUAAUUUAUAUGGUGGACCGAGGGCUAGCAAGGAGCUAAAUGUUCCAGAAGUAGAUUCAUUUCAUCAUGAGUACAAUUCUAUGGCUUGCACUAUUGAAAUUGUUGAUGAUGUGUAUGCUGCCAUUGAGCAUAUACAUGAACAUGGAAGCGCGCAUACUGAUUGUAUCAUAACGGAAGAUCACGAAGUUGCAGAAGUUUUUCUAUGUCAAGUUGACAGUGCGGCAGUUUUUCAUAAUGCAAGCACUAGAUUUUCUGAUGGGGCUCGAUUUGGUUUAGGUGCAGAGGUUGGAAUAAGUACAAGUAGGAUCCAUGCUCGUGGUCCUGUUGGAGUUGAAGGAUUGUUAACAACAAGAUGGAUUUUGAGAGGCAAUGGACAGGUAGUGGAUGGUGACAAAGGGGUCAUAUAUACCCACAAGGAUGUAACUCAUAUUCACUCGAAUGGGUUUGUUCCAGCUUCACUCACAAAAGAAGAUAAUUAAGGAUGCGAAACGAGUAUUCAGUUGAACGAGUGUAUUUCCCCUCUCUCCGGAAAGAAGAAAAUGGUGGUGGCAUUGGCAUUCUGUGACAAUGGUGAUGGUGCCUUUUAUUGGCUCUUGCCUGGUUUUAUGUCUACUGUAGUUUUAGAUUAUGCAGUUUUUCAGUCGAUCUCCCACUGUUGCUUCUUGAUAUUUUGUACUUUUUAGGCAGUUCAUAAGUUUGUCUAAUUUCUUUCAUAAUCUGAUAAUAAUUAUCAAUGGCAGUUUAUUUAUCAAGUUUUUUGUUAA